AUGGUCUUCUACGUCAUGCCCUCCCAGACUCCGAUUCAGAUUCACUCCUCCUCCGACUCCAAGACCUCCUACGUCGUCAUCUUCGACGCCGGCAGCUGUGUCCACGUCUUCUGCUUCGACCACAACCUCAACCUCCUCCCCAUCGGAAAAGAUCUCGAGCUCUUCCUCCAGACCAAGCCCGGUCUUAGCUCCUACGCCUCCAACCCUCGCAGCGCCGCCCUGUCGCUCUCAGAUCUCCUCCACAAGGCCGAAGCCACCAUUCCUAAGGACCUGCGUCCCUUCACCCCCGUCCGCGUCGGCGCAACCACCGGCCUCCGGGCGUUAGGUUAG